GUUGUGGAGUGACGUCAGCUCCAGACGAUGCGGGCGGCCAUUACUGUUGGCUGCUGUGUGAUCCUUAAAGCCAUCUGAGGAGAGGGGGAGAAGGCCAUGGCCAGGACCACUAGCCAAGUGUAUGAUACUAUGCCUAUUCAGUCCAACGUGGUUUUGUGCCCCUGCCCAUCUCCUUCUCUCGUGAUCAAUUCAGAUUCUGGGUCGUCGUCUGCUCUUGCAAAUUGCAGCACCCGUGCAGGCUCUUCCAGUGGCGCCAACUCAGCAGAGUCCGAGCAACAACCCGUACAAAAACCAGCACAACAGCCUCGAAAGAAACGUCCCCAGGACUUUAGGCUUGGCAAAAUCCUUGGCGAAGGGUCCUUUUCAACAGUUGUUUUGGCCAAAGAGAUCGCAACAGGAAGAGAGUAUGCCAUUAAAAUUCUACAGAAACGUCACAUUAUGAAGGAGAAUAAGGUACCCUAUGUGACCCGGGAACGAGAUGUGAUGUCACGAUUAGAUCACCCGUUCUUCGUCAAACUAUACUUCACAUUUCAAGAUGUUGAAAAACUAUACUUUGGCCUCAGUUAUGCCAAGAAUGGCGAACUACUGAAGUACAUAAGGAAGAUCGGCUCAUUCGAUGAAACCUGCACAAGGUUUUACUCCGCUGAAACUGUGUGCGCUUUAGAAUACCUACACGAGAAGGGAAUUAUUCACAGAGACCUGAAGCCAGAAAACAUUUUGCUUAGUGAAGACAUGCACAUUCAAAUCACAGACUUUGGGACAGCGAAGGUGUUAUCAUCUGAUAGCCGGCAAGCACGGGCAAAUUCAUUUGUCGGAACAGCACAGUACGUGUCUCCUGAGCUUCUUACAGAAAAAUCUGCAUGUAAAAGUUCGGACCUUUGGGCGUUUGGUUGCAUUAUCUAUCAGUUAGUAGCCGGAUUACCACCUUUCAGAGCCGGCAAUGAAUACCUUAUAUUUCAGAAGAUAAUAAAGCUGGAAUACGACUUCCCAGAAAAGUUCUUCCCUAGAGCUAAAGAUCUUGUAGAAAAACUUCUGGUUCUAGACCCUACUAAACGAUUAGGCUGUGAGGAGAUGGGAGGAUAUGGUCCCCUUAAGGCUCAUUCAUUCUUUGAUGGCAUCACGUGGCAAGAUCUGCAUCUUCAGACUCCUCCAAAACUCACAGCCUACUUGCCUGCAAUGGCCGAAGACGAUGAAGAGUUUUAUGGAAAUUAUGACGACCUCUUGAGCCAGUUUGGGGGAAUGCAGGUAGCCUCGUCGGUAUCCUCGUCGUCGGUAUCCUCGCAGACACUUCCCACACCAGAGCCUAUUCAGCCACAGAGAUCUGGGAGUAACAUUGAACAGUACAUCCACGACCUUGACAAUAACUCUUUUGAGCUUGAUCUCCAGUUCUCCGAGGAGGAAAAGCGGCUACUGUUAGAGAAGCAAGCCGGUGGAAACCAAUGGCACCAGUUUGUGGAAAACAAUUUAAUACUGAAAAUGGGUCCAGUUGAUAAAAGAAAGGGGUUGUUUGCUCGUCGGCGUCAGCUUCUUCUUACAGAAGGACCACAUCUAUACUACGUGGAUCCAGUAAAUAAAGUCCUGAAAGGAGAAAUUCCAUGGUCACAGGAGCUGCGCCCAGAAGCAAAGAAUUUUAAAACUUUUUUUGUUCAUACUCCUAACCGAACAUAUUACCUGAUGGACCCUAGCGGAAAUGCACACAAGUGGUGCAAAAAGAUCCAGGAAGUUUGGCGGCACAGAUACCAGAAUCACCAAAACAGCAGCAUAUAGCAUCGCCUCUUCCACGUCUUGCAAGCUUCCCUCGUGCUGCUAGAGUCCCCGAUUCAACAGAUGAGCUUUACAUAGCAGAACAGAAGAGAAAGCCCUUCUCCGCUCAACCAAGCCACCAUCUCUCCAUGGGAAAGCAUAUUUCAGAAAUACACAUUUGAAAACACAAAACAAACAAAAAAAAAACGUGGACAUUAAUGGAAUCCAGGGUUUACCUUGCUUCUUCUCUGUGCUUCUGUUGAGUUACAACAUUGCAUAUCGUUGCUGUGGUGAUUUUUCUUGCUUUUGUGCACACCAGCUCUAUAUCUAGUGGGUAGGCCUUUGCUAGGCCAGCUUAGCGUACAGUCAGUAGACAACACAGAUCAUUGUACUCGUGCACAUGGUGAGAAACUCCUGUACAGUCGUCUGUGGGACCCUUCAUCUUUGCCUAUUUUACUUAUUUAUUUUCUUUUUGUUUCUUGGUUUGGCAAUGAGCUAGUCUGAUCAGGGAGCUUUUACAACCUUGUACAGUAAGGAAAGAGAAACCCGUGCAGCCGAUAAGGGUAACCGCUAGCCGUCGGCGCAGGGGGAUCGGCUUACUUCCGUUGAUAGUGCAUUCGAUGAGGUCAAACGCAUGCUUCCAAACCUUCUCGUCUUAGGUGGUACUUCUACUUAGUACAUGAACUGUGCACCUAUCACACAGACUUAGAAAUAAUGAGAAGCAGGGUAAGAAGAAGAAAAAAAAAAAAAGUAUGAAAGUGUGUUGACCGUAGCACUGAAUAUAUCAUCGUACAUUUUUAUUUAUAUAUAUAUACACAUAUAGAUAUAAAGUUGUAAAGAAGAAAAAUCCUAUAUCCCAGAUUUUAUCCUCACAGUCUGGAAGAACCAUUCUCUUCACUGCGUCCUGAUAUAGCUGCCGAGCUCCCUCCUGCCUCAGGAUCCAUUUAUAAGGAGAUCCUUUAUUGUCACCAUAUUAUUGAAAAGCACUUUGUGGAUUUUUAAAAGGCCAACCAUUAUUUUUAUUUUUUGGGGGUGGGGGUGGGAGACGGGGGGGGGGGGGGGGGGGGGGGGGGGCGUAUAGGAAUGCUAUAAAGACUGUUCUACUGACUCGUUACAUUUACCCACAGAGAGAUGAUGUUUUACCAUAGAGCUGUGUCCGUUCAUUGGCUUUAUGUAAUAUCUGCCUGCUGCUAUUUCAACACAUAUUUUUUGUGUUUUUUUGUUUUUUUUAAAAUAGGGCCACAAAUCUUACAGACCAGUCAGGCUUAAUUGUCAGAGAGGAUUUACGGUACUUGUCACAUCCCAGAUAUCAAUUUCUGAAUAAGUUCUAUUUAGGGUCAAAAACAUUUCUGUAAGUAAAAGGAAAAAAAA